AAUAAUUGGGUGGUUACUGUCAAUAUUAUCAGGCGUUGUGAAAGUAUUUUUGAUAAACAGACAUUGUGUACAGACUGUAAUUGUUAACUUCAAAAGGCUAGUUUUCCGCAGUGAAAGAAGAGUGAACAUUUAUACUUUUUUAUUAGUGCAGCAAGGAUUCGCCCCGAGCCAAGUGAACAAACAUGUAUCGAAAUUACAGAAGCUGCCUGGACGGAACAGCAAAUCCGGAAGCCGCUGGUGGAGAAGCAGCGACGGGAGCGCAUGAACCACAGCAUCGACCAACUGAAGCGGUUCAUAGCGGAUACCAUUAGAGAGUAGGUAACGCAUGUAUGUUAUUACUUAUUUAGUUAAAAAUUCAAGAUGUAUGUGUAAUGUAGACAUAACGGACCAACUGUCGGUAUUUGUUGCGGAAAUAGUUACUCAAUCAACACCAGCAUAUUUCUAAUAAAAGUAACUAUUAAGACAAGGUCAUUAUCUCUGUCAUCAUCACCGCAAAUUGCACCUGUUUUGCAUGUGGCCAAGUAUGUUUUUGAAUACAAGUCUUAUGUGUACACAUACAAGUAGCACAGGCAAGGCGUAAAGGGCUCAAAAUUAGUACAAUAUGUGUGUAUUACAUUAUCAUACAGUGAAGUUAAUUUGUGAAAUUAUUAUGGAUGUGAAGCCUACAUGAACUAUCCACAAAAACCGGUAAUCAGCAUAAAUAUCAUACAUACAAAAAUACAUAAACAUUGUUAUACGUCUUUGUUAUAUUUCCCAAAUGCACAAUACAAUUUUUAUUCGUAUCCCCAUACGUUUCCCAUGACGCGUGAAGACAAGGCUGACAUUCUAGACCUCACAGUUUUCCAUCUGCAGCACCAACAACAGCGCCAAAAUUCAGUAUCCAAGACAACCGAGUCGAUAGCCUACACAUCCGGGUUCCAGGCUUGUGCAAGGGAGGUAUUAGCGUACCUCACCAAUCAGAAAUAUGCAGACCCUAAGACGAUUAGCGCAAUAAGUGGCCAUUUACACAUGGCGCUGAAAGUUCCUCAAAGAUGUGUCCGAAAUCAGAUGCCCGGAGAACAUAACAUGUCUACACCUGUGAGGGCAAAUAACGUCAGGAAAUUGUCGUCAUACCCGCUGAACACUCCUGGUGUUUCACCCAUUGCCAAUCAAAACCUGCUGUCUCGAGAAUACUCCGAUGGUUUAAGCGUUCCUGCAAAUAAUUAUCGACUCGCGUAUCCCAGCCACGAUAGUUCAAUAGACUCGUGUUACUCAAGUAUGAACGUCUCAUCAUUGGAAAACAGUGACGUCAUAUCCGAACCAGAAGGCGUUGUUUCUAUUGGACAUCGGGACACAGUUGGACACGUGAUCAAGGAAACAUUGUGAAGCCCAUUUUGAUGCGAUGUGAUUGUUUAUUUUGUUGAUAUUUUUGUUAAGUUUGCACAGGGACCUAUACAAACAGUGUAGGUCCCUGGUUUGCAGCGGUUAAAUCCUCUAUUAAUAAAU